AAAUAGAGAAAGGAUAGGAUCACACAAGAACGUGGUUCAUUGAAAUGUGAGUGAAAUCCACCCUCUCUGCCCCACCCCCAAUUUCCCCAUCUCCUACAACGAAAACGGCCUUUUACCCUUUCAUGAAAAGCUUCGUUGCUGCUUUCAACUCGUCAACACUCAUCAUCACCUCAUCGGAAUAGUUACCUUCCUUUGCAUGGAUAUGAAGUUUAAAUAUUUUGAAGUUUACACAAAGAACUCAAGGGGAUUGCAGCUUUUCACCUGCCAAUGGUUGCCUUUUUCUUCUCCCAAGGCUCUUGUUUUCCUUUGUCAUGGUUAUGGCAUGGAAUGUAGUAAAUUCAUGAGAGCAUGUGGAGAGAAGUUAGCGAAUGCUGGAUAUGCAGUGUUUGGGUUAGACUAUGAAGGACAUGGACGCUCUGCUGGUGUUCGUGGUCUUAUAAAUAGGAUUGACAAUAUUGUUGAUGACUGUGAAGAAUUUUUCAGGUCAAUUUACGAGUUCGAAGAGUACGAAGGAAAAGCCAAAUUUUUGUAUGGGGAUUCAUUGGGAGGGGCAGUGUGUCUACAAUUACAUAGAAGGGACCCUUCAUUUUGGGACGGUGCCGUUCUUGUUGCACCUAUGUGUAAGAUAUCAGAGAAGCUGUUCAAGCCACUCCCUGGGGUUUUGAACGUGUUAACGAAAAUUGAAGAUAUUAUACCAAAGUGGAAAAUAGUUCCCACAAAGAAUAUCAUUGACUCUGCCUUCAAAGAUCCUACCAAAAGAGAAGCGAUAAGGAGUAACAAGCUGAUAUACCAAGAUAAGCCCAGGUUAAAAACAGCAAUGGAAAUGCUAAGAGUUAGCACGAAUAUUGGAGACCAUUUACAUGAGGUGACACUUCCAUUUUUACUGUUACAAGGGGAGAAAGAUAUUGUGACAGACCCAGCAGUAAGCAAGGCAUUAUAUGAGCAAGCAAGUAGCACAGACAAGACCAUAAAAUUGUAUGACGGAAUGUGUCAUGGUAUAGCAACUGGAGAGAGUGAUGAAAACAUCGCAAUUGUAUUUUCAGACAUCAUAACUUGGCUGGACGAGCGCGCUACCGAGAAAGAUUUUUAAGUCUUUUGACCAACCAAUUCAAAAUGAUCCAGCAUUGAGAAAUUAGCAACAACUACUUCACCUGCUAAUGUUGACAAACAUGACCAAUAAACUGAAUCGUGGAAGAGCAAUCUUGAUUAUUUGCAUGGACUCGGAUCAUUAGUGUUGAGUUAUAUACGAGCCACUCUUGUGGGUGUUGUCUUUUAUGCCAUGCCAACUUGUUAGAAAAUUUUGUUCUAUCUUGGCCAACUUCAUCAACCCUAAUCCAAAUUGUUUCCAUAACAGAGCAAAAAAAGGCUUCGAAGUGCAAAUUUUGUGGGGAAGAUGCUUUUUGCAACUUUUUUUCUCCCUUCUUAUUACACCAUUAAUAAAUUUUGUAAUUGUGGAAACAUAUCACUAAACAGAAUCUGAAAAACAUAAAUUAUUGGUGUACGUCUCUUUUUCUAUUUCUUUCCAGAAAACUUAUUCUAAUAAGUUGUUAUCUCUUCUUCUCUAGAAAGUAUGAAUUAUUCUUCUACAAUGAUCCUAAAUAGUUUUGGAGUAUCAAUAAUCACAAUACAUCUAACCAUUAAAUUAAAAAAUGCAUUUACUCACAGAAAGAAAAUGAGCAGAUGUCACCAUUAGAAUAUCAUCAAUCCUUGCCAAACAUCUUCACAGCCACCAUCGAUGCCUUCUCUACCUAAGCCACAGCACAAAAUCAACUCUACAACGUUCCACUUUUAUGCCAUUGCCAGGUGUACAAGCCACAGACGACGCGAUUUUUUUUAUUAUCAUAAAAGAAUAUUUUAAAAAAUAAUAU